CUCUCUCCCAUCGUUAUCAACUUUAUGGUCCACAAGCGCGUCGUGGUUCUCAUCUCAGGCUCAGGCACAAACCUCCAGGCGCUAAUCGAUGCCCAAAACACCCCUGCCCUCCCAAAUGCUCAGAUAGUCCUCGUCUUCUCCAAUCGCAAAGCCGCGUAUGGUCUUACAAGGGCAUCACAAGCGCAAAUACCAACAGGCUAUCUGGCACUGCAGCCUUAUUUAAAAGCCAACCCAGGCAAAACGCGCGAUGAUUACGACGCAAAAGUUGCCAAACAAGUGUUGGAAGCCGACCCGAACGUGGUUGUUCUCGCGGGCUGGAUGCAUGUCUUUGGCGACGGUUUUCUCUCACUCAUGGGCACUAUACCCGUCAUCAACCUCCAUCCAGCGUUGCCGGGCGCGUUUGAUGGCACUAACGCUAUUGAACGGGCCUACGACGCGUUUCAGCGAGGUGAAAUCGAGCAUUCUGGUGCUAUGGUACAUCGGGUGGUCAAAGAUGUUGAUCGCGGAGAGCCGCUGGUGGUGAAGAACGUGCCGAUCGAAAAGGGAGAGUCGCUGGACGAUUUUGCAGCACGGUUGCAUUCGGUGGAGUGGGAGAUUAUUGUGCAGGCGACGAGAGAAGUGGUGGAUGAGGCUGACUUUAGACUUGAUGACAAUUAG